GUGCACAGAGAGACAGGGCGUGCGUCCGCGUAGCAUCAGCAAGAAAGACGAUGGCUGGGGAAGAGCCGAGGAAGAGGAACGUCAUUGCCUCUACGGACCUGACUAAGUGGCGACUGAAGAACGAGAAAGGGAGACAGACCUGGUGGUAUGACGCCAGCGGAGAAUUCGGGCGGGAGUCGAACUUUGCAGAGCUCCACUCGCUUGGGCUGGACACAAGUAUUGAGGCACCAGCUCUGACUCCUGCCGCCAACGCGAGAGAGGCUGCAGGUAACGGGAUGACGUUCUACUCGAAGCUGCAGACAGAAGACGGCCAUUGGGCAGGAGAUUACGGGGGUCCUCUCUUUCUAAUGGCAGGUCUUGUCAUAGUGUGUCAUGUGACCAACACUCCACUGGAAGAGGCCCAGAAGAAGGAGAUGAUCCGCUACCUCAGAAAUGUCCAGAGAGAUGACGGAGGAUGGGGACUGCAUAUAGCUGGGAAAUCCACCGUAUUUGGAACAGCUCUCAACUACGCCACUCUUCGUCUGUUGGGAGUUGAUCGUGAUGACAGAGACAUUGUCCGCGCCAGGGGCCUCCUCCACCGUCUUGGGGGUGCCACAGGGAUUCCGUCCUGGGGCAAGUUCUGGCUUGCAGUGCUGGGUGUCUACGACUGGACCGGUCUCAAUACACUCCUACCUGAAUUAUGGAUCUUGCCAUCUUGGCUACCCAUCCAUCCCUCUACCUGGUGGUGCCAUUGCAGACAGGUCUACCUCCCGAUGGGCUACUGUUAUGCCAGGAGAGUGAAGGCCCCGGAGUCUAAGAUCAUUACUGAGCUGAGAGAAGAGCUCUACACUGCUCCAUAUGCCAGCAUCGACUGGCCAGCUCAGAGGAACAAUGUGGCUCCUGGUGACAUCUACACGCCUCAUAGCACCGCUCUUGACCUCACACUUAGGAUUGCCAAUGUCUAUGAGAGUGUCCACAGCAGCUACUUGCGGUCCUGGGCAGUCCGAGAGUGUCUGGAGCACAUCAGAGCCGAUGACAGAUUCACGCACUGCAUCAGCAUUGGACCAAUAUCGAAGGUGGUCCAGAUGUUGGUGCGAUGGCAUGCGGACGGUCCCCAGAGUCCUGACUUCAAGGAGCACGUACGUCGUGUCAGAGACUACCUCUGGAUGGGUAGAGAUGGAAUGAAAAUGCAGGGAACAAACGGGUCCCAACUUUGGGAUGCAACCUUCGCCACCCAAGCUUUCCUAGAGGCUUCAGCAGCGACAGACAAGCGGUUCUCCCAGUGCCUCACUGCAGCCCACGAUUUCUUCAAAGUCACCCAAAUCCCUGAUAACCCCCCCGACUACAAGAAGUACUACCGACACAUGAACAAAGGAGCAUUUCCGUUCAGCACUGUUGAGUGUGGCUGGAUAGUAUCCGACUGUACCGCGGAAGGACUGAAAUCUGUCAUGCUUUUGCAAGAGAAAUGCAGAUUCAUCAAGGAUCAUGUCGACCCAAACCAACUCUGCAAUUGUGUGGACGUGCUAUUGAGUAUGCAGAAUAGCAAUGGUGGCUAUGCCUCGUAUGAAACCAAAAGAGGGAGUACAUUGAUGGAGCUGUUGAACCCUGCAGAAGUCUUUGGUGACAUAAUGAUUGACUAUACCUAUGUGGAAUGCACAUCGGCUUCCAUCCAGGCUCUAAAACACUUCACUGAUCAUAACUCCUACAGACAAGAAGACAUCAGGCGAUGCUUGUCGAAGGCAAUCCGAUACAUUCUCAGCAUUCAGAGAGAUGAUGGAUCGUGGGAGGGUUCCUGGGCUGUCUGUUUUACGUAUGGGACUUGGUUUGGGCUGGAGGCCCUGGCCUGUCUCGGCAGGAGCUAUGAACAUGGUACUGCAGGAGUGGAGGUGAAGAAGGCAUGUGAGUUUCUGCUGAGUCGACAGAUGGAAGAUGGAGGAUGGGGAGAGGAUUUUGCUGUAUGACUACCCAUUAAAAUUUUGGACGAUAACCCAGUAAAAUUUUGUCCGCAGUCUUGUGAGGAAAGAAGGUAUGUUCAGAGCAGGACGUCACAGAUUGUCAACACCUGCUGGGCCCUCUUGGGCCUCAUGGCUGUCAGGUACCCAGAUCCAAAGCCAAUCGCAAGGGGAAUACAGAUCAUCAUGGAAAGACAACUCCCAAAUGGGGACUGGCCUCAGGAUGGGGUCAAAGGCGUGUUUAAUAAGACGUGCGCUAUAAGCUAUACCAGCUACCGCAAUGUUUUUCCCAUUUGGACUCUCGGGAGAUUCGCAAGACUCCAUCCUAAAAUACAGUAACAGAUGUUUAAUAAUGUGCAUUACCUUUUGUGUGAUUAUUAACUAGAGUAUAAUUAUACAGUCGCCAUGUGAGUGUCUGAUUUGAUUAAUGGAGUACUUUCUGUUUGUUUUCCAUGUAACUCAUGAAUAAUAUUAUGAUAGGGUGUGUCUAUAUUUAGCAGAAAUUGAGCAUGUUGAGUCUAUAUUUUACCAUAGUCUUAUUUUAACAUCAGUCUAAGUCUGUCUGCAGUUGUCCCAGUGAACUCCCCUACCCACUGUCUACCACUGGUGUCUGUGAAUAUUCCCCUCCCUGCCAACCUGGGAAACAUACACAUUCACAUACAGAGGCAAUACUGUUUUCCUCAAUUCGCCAACAUUAAUGGCACGCCAACAUUUCUGGAUCUACAGUAUACAUACAGCACAAACAUCGUGUAAUGUACGAGUGAAGCGAACCUGCAUACUCAUCUGAAUGUGGGUUUUUUCCCCUUUUUUCCUUUUCUGUAAUGUUCAACCAGCACUGCACGCACCGUAAUUUUAUACGUGAUUCUGAAAUUCUGUCCUUUGAUGGAGUCUAUGGGACUAAUACAUACGUAGCUUGCCGUGCAGAAUGAGAUCAUAACCCAAUAUGACGUGCACUACAGACUGAAGCAGGUCAGAUGCACCCCUGUAUAUACCCAAUCGCAGGCACUCUGGGGUACAGUUCCUUUUUCCUUGCCAGUCUAUUAUGCUUGUAGUAGUAAAUACUGUAGUGGUAGUGAGCGAGAGGUGAGGUCAUAAGUAGGUACCUGUUGUGAGUGAAAGGUCCCGUGUAUUUGGACCCGUCUGGCCAUCGGUAUGUACCUUCUCCGUGAUACUCUCCCCCAACUAUAUCUCCCUGUGUUGAGUAACCAUUUCACAACUCCAUACCGAUUCAGAGGACUACAAGACCUUAUAAACUGCUCCUGAGGGAUGCUGGAUCUCCCCUGAACACACAAUAUGAAAUGAAAGUUUAUAAUAUACUUCUAUGUGACUUCACUUCUCACUCUCUAUCUGCUCCUUGAUAGCUAUCUACAUACCUUUCCCGUUAAGGGUGUCAGCCUGCCACUCUCCUGAAUAUACAUUUCCAGUUGCAGAGGUGUGCAUGCCUCGUCCGCUGCGAACUAUGUGUCCAGGUCCCUUCUCCUCAUACUCACCGUCUAUUCAGUCCAUAGCUGAACUUGCACAUACACUAUGUCAGAGGGCAUAUUUUAC